AAAAUUCAUUCAAUAACAACAAGUGUUUUAUUAAAGUAAUUAAAAUGGUUUCAAAAGUUUUUUGGAUUUUAACAAUUUUCGUGAAUUUCUCUGCAAUUUUCGGUCAGGAUGAAUUUAUAGAUUGUGAAUACUUUGUGAGCCUUUCAAAUGAGUAUACCUGUUGGUUAGCAAUCUACAAUCCAAAUGGACUUGACAACUUUACUGACGUGACUGGAACGCAUUUGCCUGAAAAAUCUGAUGAUGAUGUUCAAUUCAUUUCAAUAAGAAUGAUUCCCAUAACUCCAAUAUUUCCAUCAAUAAUUUGUGAAAAAUUCAAAAAUCUUAACACUUUAAAUAUUCAUAGUGCUGGAUUGCAGACAAUUGACGACAAAGCAUUCGAGAAUUGUAAAAAUAUAACGAUUUUAGACAUAUAUGCCAACAACAUGUUAAACAGAAUUGAUGAAAAUUCUUUUAUUGAAAACUUGGAGCUGAAAAAACUUCAAAUUAAAGUUACAAAUUUGUCAUCACUGCCUGAAAAUAUUUUCAAGAAUCAACACAAACUAGAAAAUUUGUGGCUUAGUGUAAAUAAGUUCAUAGACCUUCCAAAAAAUAUUUUUAAGCCAUUAAAAAAUUUAAGGACGAUUGCAUUAAAUUCAAAUUUGUUAACAACUUUAAAUCCUAAAUUACUAGAACCGCUUGAAAAUCUAGAAUAUUUAAAUUUAGACGACAAUCAAUUUGAAGAACUUCCAGCAAAUAUAUUCAAUUCCUUCACAAAUUUAAAAGAAAUUGGAUUGAAUCAAAACAAAUUUAAAGUCAUUCAUUCCGACUGGUUUGGUAUUUUACCGAACUUACAAAGCAUGUAUUUAUAUACAAAUCAAAUUAUUGCGAUUGAUGAAAAAUUAUUAGAUAACACGGGACUUAAUGAAUUGUAUGUGCUUAGAAAUGUCUGUGCUGAUAAGAAUGUACAUGAUUAUUCUGAUUCUAAAGAACUCUUGAGGUCGGAGUUCAAGCAAUGCUUUGAAAAUUAUGAAAAUCUAUUUCCAAGCAAAAGCGAUGACUAAAAGACAAUUUGUAUUUAGAUCAAAGAUUUGGAACUAAUUAAAAUGUGAUUGAACAGUUUUGCAUCCUUGGCUGAGCAUCAUAACGUGUCAUUAGUUUUGCA